AUGGAUGUCAACAAUAUAGCCAGCAAUAAGGCGACCUUGAGGCAUGCUACAGCUCCCAAAUCUAGCCAUGAGACUGAGCAGGCUUUGUCCAUCCUAGUUGAGAAAGAUGGGGCCGGGAGCUGGCCACCAAAAGCAACCCACGGCGACUGGCCGAGCGAACUCCAGCCGUUUCACGACAUUUAUCUGGAGACCAUUCCAUUCCUAUCGUCAAAGAGCCCGUCAUUCGACGACGGCAUUGACGUGGAGCUCCGCGAUCAGUUCCGAAACCUCAUGACGAAGAAGCUGAACGAGCGCAUUGAUCUACGACGUAUCCAGCAACUCCUCUCGUCGAUCGAAGCCGGAGACUGGAGCCGAUGUUCUCGUCAAGCAUACAAUGGCUUCUAUUGCUGCAUCGGUGUCCUACGUCACGCGUAUCGGUGGGCUAUAAUUCCUCUUGUGAAGGUGGCUCAGGACGAGAAGAUCAUCGAUUUUCCUGCACAAAUUGACAUACCAUGGGCUUACCUCCAGCGUCAAUUCGGCGCUGAGUCGGAUAGUGGGAGCAACACAUCCAACGUCCUGCACAACUACAAUGAGAGCGGUGAGCGGGCUUACAAAAUCAACGUGGACAUCUCGCAACUCGUUACCUCGACCGAGGAUGCGUUCUUUCGCAUGUUUUACGACGUUGAGGUCAUGGGGUACCCAAUGUAUCGCGACAUGGUCGCAGCAGUCAUUGCCUUCGAGCAGGGCAACAAGUUCGACUGUCUGAUACACAUGCGGCAGAUCAACGUCCAGUUGCGCGAGCUUCUCAAGGUCUUCUACCAGAACCUUGUUGAAGCUCGCGUGGCCAAGGGCGUAUGGCUCGGCUACUGCCAAAGCUUUCAGGCCUGGGGCGCAGGACGAAUGAUUGAUGGCGAAUUUGUCGAGUUUGACGGUGUAUCCGGAAGCCACAACCUAUGUUUCAUGGUCAUCGACGCCUUCAUAGGCAUGAAGAGCUACAUGAACGAGCAGAACUUGCGCAGAUACGUGCCACGCAAUCAACGAUCCCUAAUCGCGGCAUUCAGAAAUCACGCUUUCUUCGAGAAACUCCACAAGAGCAACGAAAAGGACAUAUCGGAAGAGUUUGGCAAGAUCAUCCAGCAUCUUAAGGUGUUCCGAUCGGCUCACAGAGCCCGUGUGAUGCCAUAUCUUGCACAGCCGGCGCCAGAACGGACCAUGAUGACUGCUGGAAAGUCAUUUCAGGAGUCAGAGAGUGAUGCUGCGCAUUUAAAGGUCCUUGAAAAUAUGCUUGUCGCCCGGCUUAAUGAAACCACUGCUAUGGGCAGAAAGCUACUAUCCUAG